UUAAAGCAUUUGUUAAAUUCACUCUUUCGGGAUUUGUGAUUCCAUUGUCUCGAGAAGAAAUCUGGUGUGCGAUUCAUCCACACUCCAGAGUCAUCCCCUUUUUGGGUAUGUGAUAAAAAUAAGAAAGGGUUGAUCUUGAUCUGAAUUUAAGGCCAUUCUUUCUCCAACUUGUCAAAUUUUGGUCAUCCCAAAGGGAAAGGCGUUUCCAUGUGGCGAACUUUGUGAUUGAUUUUGCUAGUUGUGCAAGAAAAGGUUUUCCUCAUUGUGCCACUAGCUACCAGCUUUUAUAUGAAUCACUCUCUCUCCAGCGUCCAUGCUUGCUUGCUUCUGAGUUUGCUUGUUGUGCAGCCACAUCUCUGAUGCUAUCACCAAGUAGCCCACUCUCAUACCAAUAGGACCUUUUCAGGUCACAUUCACAUGUGAAGCCCUUCAAUGGCCAAAAAGAGGAGCUGGUUCACCUUAGUGAAGAGAUUCUUUAGGCUAGAGAAGCAAACAAAGCCAGAGAAGAAGGAAAGAAGAAGGAAAUGGGUGUUUGAGAGGCUUCAAGUUAAAAGUUUACCGCCAAUUGCAGCACCACCGCCCCCAAAGACAGUUGAUGAUGCAGAGGAACAAGUGCAGAGCAAGCACGCCCUUAGUGUGGCUCUUGCUGCGGCAGCCGCUGCUGAAGCAGCUGCUGCAGCUGCUCAGGUGGCUGCUGAGGUUGCUAAGCUCACAAGCAACCCUCAACCUUCGUCUCAUCAAUGCAAAAAGGAAGUGGAUGAACCUUCCGUUGCUAUAAUACACCAGGACACUACCCACAUCACACAUCAAAAUGAAAGUAAAAGCCAAGAAUUGCCUGCUAUUAGAAUUCAAGCCGCCUUUCGAGGAUUUCUUGCAAGGAAAGCUCUGAGGGCACUAAAGGGAAUCGUGAGGCUUCAAGCCAUAAUUCGAGGCUGCGCUGUCAGGCGCCAAGCAAUGACCACUCUUAAGCGCUUGCAAUCCAUUGUGGAUAUACAUUCACAGGUCUGUGCGACCAGAUCACACAAUGUUCAGAGGACUUUGCAUUGCGACGAGAAUUGUCAGAUCAAAUACAUAAGUUACAUGGUCGAUAAAAACAGCCAAAGAAGGUGGGAUGACAGCUUACUGUCUAAAAAAGAUGCAGAGGCAUUGUUCUUAAGCAAGAAAGAGGCUGCAUUGAAGAGAGAGCGCAUCAAGGGAUACUCAUUCAACCAUCGGAAGUCGGCAGAAUCAGAGCACAGAAAACCAAGCGGAAGGUGGAGGUAUUGGUUGGAGCAAUGGGUGGACACGCAACUUGCUAAAAGCAAAGAAUUUGAAGAUCUAGACCCGGUUCUGACUUCUCAUCCGAAGCCAAAUGAUGAGGAUAAAAGACAAUUUAAGCCGAAAAGUAGUCCGAAAAAACAACAGAUCGAGCCACUGGACUCCCCUCAAUGUGCUCCAAGAAGGUACCCUCGCCAUAAAAAGCAGUCCUCGAUGGGGGAUGACAACUUCCAAAGUCCGCGUGCCAUACCAACUUAUAUGGCCACGACCGAAUCGGCCAAGGCAAAAGCGAGAUCACUGAGCUCGCCCAAACUGAGGCCCGGGGCUUUUGAUGCUUACUCCGAUAGCUAUUCCCCGUACAAGAAUAAGCUCUCUCUCGUAUCUUCAAUCGCAAGCGAAGUGCCUGGCUUCUACAAAAGUGGCAGGCCAAAUGGUUACCAGCAGAAAUCUCCAAGCUUGAAGGGCAUUCCGGCUACCAUGAAACCGAGCAGAAACAUUGCAAGGGAACUUGGCAUUGAUUAAGAGUACUGAAAAACAGUGCUUUAAUCGAACGAGUGCUAUGUUCGAAUCAAUUCAGUGCUCAAGAUCAAGACAAAGGAACUAGGAAACAGGAGAAGGAGCUUCGAUGUAACGAGCAGAUGAUAUGAGAGUGAAAAGUAUCAUUGUAUCUACCAGUUUUAGGCCAUACCAGAAUGUGUUUCAAUUAAAUGUCAUGACACGGGGUUAUUAGAAAUCGUGAACUGGUUACUUUAAGAUUCUUGUCCCAGGUCAAGAAAGGGCUUUCGACAAUGCAUAUAAAUCCUCUGGUCAUAAGUGGAAUUCACAUGAACUUUCACCAAUUUCAAGGGCUGAAGAUGUUGGAGAAGUCAUAUGGA